GCUAAGUUAUAUGCUGUUAUGGUAGAAGUUGGUCAGCUGCGACCGAAUGAUUCGUCGGUGCGUGCGGCGCAUCCGCUGCACUUCCGAUAACGCGUGAGUCAACCGCGCGCUCAGCGCGGGCUGAUCUCGGGCUCGGGUCAUUCAUAGGUACUGUCUCAUCACCCUGUCAGCAGUUUUCGCACUUCGCAAUGUACCUAUAGGUGUCGUGGUCACAGUCCCCUGUCAGUCGAACUAUCGCCGCGUGUGAGACAAGUCGCGUCCGGCCACCCGACGCCGCGACAGUAAACACGAUUAUCGCCCGGCUACGGACACCAAUAGUAUGAUAAAAAUGAAAACAAUACCCUGACGGAUCCGCUUAGUGCCCGGUACCCUCGAAGUGUUAUUACAGUGAUUUAAAAUAACGCAUAUGGCUUAUCAUUUGGAGACUUGUGUGUCAACAGUGAUAACAGUGGCGGUGACAGUUAUUUCGGCGCAUUACAUCACCUGUUAAUUAGUUGAAGCUAUCAUUAUUGUAGCUAUCAAUCGGGGAUCAAGGGUAGUCGAGUCAGUAGCGCCUAAAAGGUGGAAGAGGCAGCACUUCUUUGUCGGAGGUGCUAGGAAAAUGCCAGUGUUCGGUUGCGAGAUGUUGACAUCGUCGGAGCUCUGCCCCAUGGGGUACGGAACGGCGCCAGAGUACAUGCUUCCGGGGCCCGCCAUCACCUGGGACAAGCCUCAGGAGAGGCAGACCUUCAAUUUCACGCAUAGGAGUCUCUCGGAAGAGCUGAAUCGCCAACCAUUGGCCACCACUGUGUACAAUAAUAAUAGCGGAGACAGCGACAUGCAGCUAGAGACGAGCAGCAGCGAGGCGAGCGCCGGCAGCUCGGCGGCCGUGUCGCAGCACUGCGCCAUCUGCGGCGACCGCGCCACCGGCAAGCACUACGGCGCCAGCUCCUGCGACGGCUGCAAGGGAUUCUUCCGGCGCAGCGUGCGCAAGAACCACCUCUACACCUGCAGGUUCAGCAGAAAUUGCGUAGUGGAUAAGGACAAAAGAAAUCAAUGCAGAUAUUGUAGGUUAAGAAAAUGCUUUAAAGCCGGCAUGAAGAAAGAAGCUGUCCAAAACGAGCGAGACCGUAUCAACUGCCGGCGGCCGUCGUACGAGGAGCCCACGCAAGCCAACGGGCUCUCCGUCGUGUCCCUGCUCAACGCCGAGCUGCUCAGCAGGAAGGUCAUAGACGAGACCAUCAACGUGUCUGAUGCUGAGAUCAAUAACCGCAAGCUGGCGAAGAUCAACGACGUGUGCGACUCCAUCAAACAGCAGCUGCUGAUCCUCGUAGAAUGGGCCAAGUACAUCCCCGCCUUCACUGAGCUCCACCUCGACGACCAGGUGGCGCUGCUGCGCGCGCACGCGGGCGAGCACCUGCUGCUGGGCUGCGCGCGCCGCUCGCUGCACCUCAAGGACGUGCUGCUGCUCGGCAACAACUGCAUCAUCGCCAAACACAACAUCGACGGGCGUAUGGACAUAGACAUCAGCAUGAUCGGGAUGCGAGUGAUGGACGAGAUCGUGAAACCGCUGCGGGAGAUCGACAUCGACGACACAGAGUUCGCCUGCCUCAAGGCCAUCGUCUUCUUCGACCCUAACGCUAAAGGCCUAUCACAACCGCAGAAGAUCAAGCAGCUCCGCUACCAAGUGCAGAUAAACCUGGAGGACUACAUCAGCGACCGGCAGUACGACGGCCGCGGCCGCUUCGGCGAGCUGCUGCUGAGCCUGCCGCCGCUGCAGAGCAUCACGUGGCAGAUGAUCGAGCAGAUACAGUUCGCGAAGCUGUUUGGAGUCGCACACAUCGAUAGUUUGCUGCAGGAGAUGCUUCUUGGAGGCGCAUGCGCCGAGCCGACCGCGGAGGCGCCGGGCGCGUCCCCUCCACCCGCGCAGGCGCAGACGGCGGGCUCGCCGCCGCUGGUGCCGCAGCUGCCCGACGCCGCCAUGUUCCCGCCGCCCUUCAAGCAGGAGCCCAACAUGAGCCCUGAGCACUCAUCCCGCAUCAUGAAGAAUGGCGACAUAAUCAUGUUAUAAGACAAACGCCUCGCGAAAACAAUGUGCCUUCCGGUGUAAGCAGCUAACUAUAGUUAGGACUCCCGUUUCUGGUAGUCAGACUUGUAUGUGUCUGAGAUGAAAGAGUUAUGAACUAUUUAUAUAUUAGAUCACACUUACAACCGGGUCUAUCGCGAACAUAUGUGUAGUAAGUGGUUUGAAAAUGUGAUGUCUACCCCAAACUUUUUCAUACAUUUUUCGUCGGGUCGGGGCUUGUGCACAAAUCACGCG